AUCGAUCAUCACUAGCUUGCUACAAAAGUACCAAUUCAAUCCAUUUUGCCGCGGCCUGCCCAGGUGAUCGAUGGCAAGAAAGAAUACUAAUCUUGAAGGAGCAACUUCCGGGCGGCGCAUUCCCGCCGGCUUCGUCGACGAGGAGGAUGACUUUAACGGAGAUGAGUCUUCCGCGAUCAGGUAUUGGUUUGGGAGGAUGUCGGCUCCGAAGCCGGUCGCCGCCAUCAUCGGUUCUUCUUAUCCUUCUUCUACAUCAGAGAUGAUCAGCGUCGAAUACAAUUCAGCUACGGAUGAUGAUGAGCCCGAGUUGAACUCUUUACUUGAGACGUUGAGAGCUUCGUCUCCUACUCAUCCUCGCAUAACCGCCACAACUGUUUCAUCUGAGCAACGCGCCACCUGGAUGAGGUGCCACCCAUCAGCUCUGGACAUGUUUGACCAGAUAAUAAGGGAUUCCGCGGGAAAGCAAAUCGUGAUGUUUCUUGACUAUGACGGAACCCUAUCGCCCAUUGUCGCCGACCCCAAUUCCGCUCACAUGUCCACCGCGAUGAGAGCAGCGGUGAAAAGUCUUGCCUCAUAUUUCCCUACAGCCAUAGUAAGUGGGCGGAGUAUAAACAAGGUGUAUAGCUUUGUUCAGUUGCCAGAAUUGUACUAUGCAGGAAGUCAUGGUAUGGACAUUAUAGGGCCGUCCCGAGGCCCCCAAUUCAAGAAAGGUGGUGGCACAAAUAUUCAACACCAACCAGCGGCCAACUUUAUUCCCAUGAUACAACAGAUUUACGCGACGUUGAUGGAGAAAACAAGUCACAUUCCUGGUGCUUAUGUGGAGGAUAACAAAUUUUGUGUCACCGUCCAUUUUAGACGCGUGGAAGAUAAGUAUUGGAAGGAAUUAAUCCAAAUAGUGAGAAGGGUGAUGAAAGGAUAUUCAGGCCUUCGAAUAUGCAGCGGUAGGAAAGUGAUCGAGAUUCGGCCCGUCAUUGAUUGGGACAAAGGCCAAGCCCUCACCUUCUUGCUUACAUCCCUAGGUUACGCUCACUCUACUCGUGUGUGUCCCAUCUAUAUUGGGGAUGAUAGAACUGACGAAGAUGCUUUCAGGGUGCUAAGAGAAUCACGCCAAGGUUUUGGCAUUGUUGUGUCAAAAAAUCCCAGAGACACGCUUGCUCCUUAUUCCUUACAAGACCCAUCUGAGGUUAUGUCCUUUUUGCGCCGCUUGGUAGAAUCUCAGAAGAAAACGGGAGGAAGAAUUUUACGUUUUUUUUGGGGGUGAAUGUCAAAUACAAUACUAAUUUGGGUUAAACACCCUUUUCAAUGAAGUAGCUAGCUAGCUCAUACACACACACAAGUAUAUAAAUACAUAAGACAAAAAGUUGCAUUUAUAUAUAUGCAAUUUUCCUUUACGAAAUAGCAUGCAACAUGCAUGUACUAUUAGUAUAUAUAUAGUAGUAUAUGACAGAAUAAAAAGAGUAAAGACCUAGCUUUCCCUUUUAUCUUCCAUUGGAAAGCUAGGCUUUUGUAGAUGUUACGUGACAAGCUCGUAGAGAAGGAUUGGGUUAACGUAGUCUAAUUUCACCAAUCUUUCCCAUCUAUUGUACCCCCCAAAAACAAUAUAUAUUGAUAUGCAUGGCCUGUUACGCAAUUCAAGCCGUUUAUGUGU